AUGAGCGACGGCGAUCAAGCGAAGGCCACGCGCACCUUGGAAAGCGCCGGUUCCAUGCCCUCGCCUCCUGGCAAGAAACCACCCCGAACGCCCAGAUGUACUCGGUGUAGAAACCAUGGCUAUGUGUCCCCAUUGAAGGGACACAAACGAUUUUGCAACUGGAGAGACUGCCUCUGUAAGAAAUGUAAACUGAUCGCGGAGCGACAGAGAGUCAUGGCAGCCCAGGUAGCACUGCGCAGAGAGCAGGCGCAGGAGGAGGAGAUGGGCAUCUGCAGUCUGGUCUCUCUGUCCAGCACAGAGGUCUUGGUGAAGAAUGAGGCCAGCGAGGACAGGGCCUCCUUCUUCUCAGCAGGGGAGAAGUCCCCCACGGCCACAAGCAGUUCUGCCACCUCACCCUCCGCCACAGGGACCCGCCCCACCCUGCCGUCCAGCCCAAUGUCUACCAGCAAGGGGCUGUCUGAGGGCAUGUCUGACCUGGUAGUGGACGCCUCCUACUACAACUUCUACCAGCCCUCCCGCUACCCGACCUGCUACAGCAACCUGUACAACUACCAGCAGUAUCAGAUGCCCAGCAGCGAGGGUUGCCUGUCCGGCCAUGUCUCCCCCCAGUACCGGAUGCACUCAUACUACUCUGCAGCCUCCUACCUGAGCCAGGGCCUGGCCGCCCCCGCCUGCGUGCCCCCCAUCUUCACCCUGGAGGACAACGCCACCUUCCCCGAGCCUAAGGCCACCAUGUUCACUCCCAGUAAUGGCCAUGACUCUGGCCCAUCCUGCCUGUCCAUCAACCCCCUGGCCAGCGUUGAGACCAAGCAAGAGGGCGAGACCAGCUCUGAGUCCGAAGCCUUCGCUGUGAGCUCUGUCAUCGACGGUGCCAGCGAGUGACCCUGAGGGGACAUUCCAGAAC